AUGUAUUCCCCAUUGAACGAAACAGUCUUGUCGGACGAGUACCUGCGCACCUGGAGAUUGACAUUCGUCAUCCGUCAUCCAGCACUAGCGUGGCCCUCGAUGUACCGUGCUAUGGUGAAGAUCUCAAUACUGGGAAUGAAAGACGAUGACGGAAUCAAGGGCGCAUCAAUGACGAACAUGUCACUGCGUUGGACCCGCAUGCUGUACGACUGGUGCAUGGAGCAACCGGGCGACCCGACCACACCACUGAUCAUGGAUGCGAACGAUGUUAUCCACACCCCCGAGAGUGUGAUGCGGUUCUGCGAACCUGCGGGCUUGGACUCGGGGUCUAUGCAGUUUAAAUGGGGCUCGAAGGUAGAAGAGAAAAGGUCUCAGAAAUUGGUUAAUGGAACGAUGGAAGGUGACAAGGGCCAGGAGGAUAUAUAUAAGAAGGCCGCUGCUAUCAUGCUUUACACGCUGGAGGACUCCUCGGGAAUCGUGAAGAAUAAGGCGCUUGCUAAUAUUGAUGUUUCUGCUGAGGCGACGAAGUGGAAGGCUGAGUUUGGUGAGGAGAUGGGUGGGUUCAUUGAGAAGGCGGUUCGGGAUUUGAUGCCUGAUUAUAAGUACCUUAAAGUGCGACGAGUUACAGCGUGA